CUGCCCGCAACCAGUUUUCGAAAUGUAAAAUUCCCGGCAUAGAUGUAACGGCAUAUCACUGCGAUUUGGGUCAAGUUUCAACUAUUUAUCACUCCUUACAUACUCCAUACGUGAUAGCAUACUUCAGAGGAAGUCAGAGCCCAAAGAAGUUGAAAUAUUCAUAAGACGAGGUCAAUGUUUUGGCGCGUUGUUUAGACUUUGGAUCGAAAAGUUUGAAAGUAUGCCUCCAGAAAAUGUCAAGGUUGCGGUACUAGUUCGACCGUUUACUGACAGAGAAAAGAAUGAAGAUUGUUCUUGUAUUGUUGAGGCACAGAAUGGCGAGAUCAAAGUACAGAACACAGAGUUAGACAAAGCUAAAGAUUUCAAGUUUGACUUCUCGUACUGGUGCGUCGGGGAAGGCAAUUCUAACUUCGUAUCACGAAACCAGGCAGUAGAGGACCUUGGAGGCCAAGUAUUAUCAUCAUGCUUUAUCGGAUAUAAUGUUUGUAUGUUUUCCUAUGGAGCCAGUGAKAGUGGGAAAUCAUGUGCCAUGUUUGGUACUGACAGUGGCCCUGGUCUUAUACCAUGGGUUUGUAAUGGAUUGUUUGAGAGAGCAUCUAAAUGUGAUGAUGACACAUCCUUUAGAGCUGAAAUAAGCUUUCUUGAAAUACAUAAAGAGUUUGUCAAAGAUCUUCUAGGUAAAAGGAGAAAUUGGCAAGAUUCAUUACGAGUUCGUGAACACAGGGAAUUGGGUGUGUAUAUUGACAAGCUAACUAAGCACAUUGUAACUGAUGCUGCUGAGGUAGAAAGUCUCAUCUCAAAAGGAUUGAAAAACAGGUCUGUUUGUUCUCGGUCUUCUAAUAACUUCUACAGUAGCUCACARACUAUUUUUACAAUUCGGUUUACUCAGGCUCGUUUGGAGGAAGGAAUGCCMAGUGAAGUUCUCAGUACUAUACAACUUGUCGACCUCGCUGGAAGCAGAAGUCCACACGAAGAGUGCGCAACAAACGGGCACAGCAAUACACAACCAGGCGACUACGAUCAAUCUCUACUCACACUAGACCAAGUUAUCUCAACGCUCUCCAGCAAAGCAACUCGAAAAAGCGCCGAUGAGCCUCCCUACAGGAACUCGGCACUAACUUGGAUUCUUAAAGACUGCUUUGGCGGAAAUUGUAAGACAAUCAUGUUGGCUGCMAUCUCUCCUGCAAAUAUUUGUCACAACGAAACGCUGAGUACUUUGCGUUACGCGAACCAAGUACGCAAAGUCYUUAAUCAUCCUGAAAUUAAUGAGGAUGGACAUGUCAAACUCAUCAAAGAACUCAAAGUGGAGAUACAAUCRUUACGAAGCAUGUUAGAGGAGGGAAAAAGCAAAAAUAACUUAGAAAAACAAAAGGCAGAAAGACAGCUUCAUGAAAACGAAGAACUGAUGAAGAGGCUUACGGGAAUUUGGGAAGACAAAUGGAGUAAAACACAGAAGUUAAUUGAGGAACGAGCUCUAGAAGUCACAGAGCUUGGCUCAGCGUUAAAGUUUGAGACCGAGGAACCUCAUCUUGUCAGCUUAGGAGGCGGUCGGCUUAGUAUCGGAGUAACGAUAUGUCCUAUUAAACGAGGUAAAACAGUUGUUGGAGUUUCAACUGAAGAUUCAAAGCCAGACAUUGAACUAAGAGGCAAGGGAAUAGAAAGUGAACAUUGUGUGGUGGAAUAUAAUGGCGACGCCGUGGUUUUACAUCCAAAAGCACAGCUAUGUACCGUGGAUGGUAUUCCCAUUACAGAACCAACUAAACUCCCUCAAGGUUGUAUGCUGUGUCUCGGYAAGUCCAACUAUUUCCGGUUUAAUCAUCCCAAAGAAGCUAAAAGAAUACGAGAAGCGAACCCAGGAAAUAGAUUCUCAAUCGUUCCUGACGGCUACUUUCCAGAUGUGGAACUAGCAAUAGAACAGUACAAAAGAGACAAACAAGAAAAAGAAAGACUCAAAAAAGAGAACGCACGUCUUCUUGCACUUGAACAAGAAUACAAGGGCGCGGUAGAGCGUAUUGAGAACGAAAAAGCUCAGCUUGAAGACGAACGACACCAACUACUUGAACUUGAACGGUUACAAAGAGAUGCAGCGGCCCAUUUCGAGAACGAAAUUGCAUCCCAAAUCAAGGAACUUGAAAAACAAAAGGAAGAACUUCGCGUAUUUGAAGAAGAACGAGCAAGACUAGAAAUGUCGGCUGAAAAGUACGAGGAAGAAACACGUAGACAACAGAAAGAAAGAACUGUUAAAGAAGAGAAUAGAAAACGAGCUUAUGAGAGAUUAGAACAAAAGAAAGCCCGCCUUGAAUCAAUACAAGAAGAAGACAGCGAAAGAGUUGCUGCUGAGCUUGAGUUAGAGGAGGAAAGACAAAGAUUAGCGUUGUUGGAGCUAGAUUACCUUGUUGAGGAAGUCAGUGAAACUGAAAAAGAACAUCAAAAUAUGGUUCUUCUCGAUGAAGAGCGAGAAAAGCUCGACGAGAUGAAAGAACGUCAAAAUGAAGUUGUUCGUCAACUUGAGGAAGAACUUAACGCGCAAAUUACCAUGCUGAAAGAAGAACGACGGAGGGAAAACGAAAAGAUAGAAAAGGAAAAAGAAAGAAUAAGAAUGCUGGAAGAACAGCAAGAAAAGGCCUUGGAAUUGAUCAAUGUCGAACGAAUGAGAUUAGAAGAAGAAAAACAAGAAGAAAAGAAAAGAAUUGAAACAGAAAGAGAGAAAAUAUAUCAAAUGGAAAAUGAAAGGRUACAGGCUUUAGAAAAGAUCGCUAAAGAUCAGGAGAAUGAAAGGAACAUGAUCAUGGAGGAAAAAGAAAGACUUAUGGAAUUAGAAAAAAAGCAUGAACACUCCAUGAAGGAACUAGAAGAUUCUAUGAUUUCAAAACAGGAGAAAAUUGAGCGCGAGAGACAAAUCGAAUUCGAGUUCUUCGAAACAGAACAGUUGUUGCUGGAAGAGUUGGAGCAAAAGCAACGUGAAGCUGCCGAGCAGCUUGAACGCGAGCGCAAAGCAAUGCAAGAGUCUUUAGAAAAGGAACGCGAGGCCGAGCGAGAGAAGAUUGAAUUGGAACGGAAAAGACUAGAGGAAAUUCAGCACCAGCAACAAGAGGCUCUUAAAUUGGCGGAAGAAGAAAGAGCAAAGUUAAGAAAGCAGUUAAAAAGCGAACGUGAACUCAUGCACAAGGAAAAAAGUCGACUUAUAAAACUCCAACACGAGUGUAAACAAAUACGUAACAACGGGACGGAUAAUGGAGGUGCUGACUUAAUACUUGCUCUUACAAAUCGUAAUUUGUCAAAAAUUGGAAAAGACCGCUCUCCUGAGGAAAGAAAGAGACUCCUUCAAGAAGAGAAGCGACGGCUUUUAGAGCUCAAGAAGGAAGCCGAGGCUGUUCUCYUAAGCAAGGCAAAGAAGCAAAAUGGCGAARGUUCAAGUAUGUCGUCGUCGUCUUCAGGAGAAGAUUUCGAGAGCGCUUCUGUUCAGAGUAAUGAUAGUUCRCUCAAGAGCAGCGAUAGUCAACCUCUUGUGGAGGAAUUAGAACGAGAACGACAAAAAAGAAGGCAGCUUGAYUCUUUACUAGAAGAAGAGCGAAGUACUAGUAGUGUUAACGGGGAAAUCCCUGUUGAUGAUAAGGUCAAAGAACUGGAAAAGGCGCUUGAUGUUGAACGUAAGAAACGACAGGAAAUGGAGAAAGCACUUCAUGAAAGACAAAAACAAGACGAGCUGGACAGACUUGCUGCUGAGGAAAAAUCUCGCAAAGAGAUGCUGACUGAGAAAGCCAUACAAGAUCGCCUUCCACCACAGGUGAAAUCUCCUGUCAAAGAUACCUUGAAUCUUGCUCAACACAUCGUAUCAGUCGGUCAUAUUCUAGAGAACUGUCCYUCGGUGAAGGUCACUACUGCAACUUGCAAGGGAUAUCUUUCCAAAAUGGGCGGCAAAGUACGAAAAACGUGGAAAAAYCGUUGGUUUGUCUUCGACCGGCAGCGAAAAGCAUUGAUGUAUUUUCACGACGAGCACAAAAGGGAACCCAAGGGGAUUAUAUAUUUCCAAGCAAUUCAGGAUGUUUAUGCAGCAAGUUGGUGUUCCAACAAAGGACCUUCUCCACGGACUACAUUUAUAAUUAAAACACCACAAAAAUCGUAUUAUGUCGCUGCACCCAGCGGACUUGCAAUGAGUAUUUGGAUUGAUGUAAUACUUACUGGUCGRGAGGGAGGUUUUUAUCACUUUCAGUGAACUUUGACUUCAGAACAAGAUGGCGGCGGUGACAUUUACCACAAUACUCUGAUAUUUACCCACAAUCCUUUACUCUGAUAAUACCCAUAAUUCUUUGCUAUAAUAUUUAGACUGACAAAGACCUUUUACAGGCUAUUCAUAUAUCAGACAGCUCGUAAAAUUUAACCUGUUAAAGGCGGCCAUCUUUUUCUGGACUUAUAAACCUAUUAUAGAUUGUAUUAUUUAUAUAUUUUAAUAAUAUAUUUCACUCGACUUUGUAUUUUGUACAGUACCAUUAUUCUUCAAUGUCCUCCAAUGGAAAAUUCAUUAUUUACGUAUUUUUUUCAUUUGACUCAAAAAUAAUAUAUUAUAUAUAUAUAUAUACUCAUCAUUUGUCACGAUUACGCGAUAUUUACGUAGGCUUGUUGCGUAGAAGAGUCCAUGUAUUAAUUCAGUGGAAAACGAUCCAAAAAUCGCAUCGAACAAGUCGUGGAAUCGUUUGUAUGAAGAAUAGAAAUAGAAUUGAAUAGAUUUCUACAAUGUACAUGAUUUGAAUUUUAUAGCAAAACCAUUAUCAAUGUCAGUUAUGAACUUUCAUUCCUUCUCUCUUUGUACGUGAACGAGAGGUUCGGUUCUAUAUAAAAAACAAUGAUAUCAUUAAAAAAACUUUAAAUUUAGACAAAAGUAUAUAAAAUCUUUGAUCCAUUAUAAAAUYUCUGUAGUGCACGAUUUACUGGUCUUGUCGAGAACYAUUACAAACGCUUCUUAAUUGAUUUGCCUCUUAUUAUCUUGUUCCUUGGACAAWUUUUAAUCUUGUACCCGCACGAUCUUGUACUUCGUGGGAGACUGRUAUCAAACGUAGAUUCUUAUCACAUAAAUCGCUUUUUGGUUAAUUCUUUAAAAGGUGAAUUAUCAAGUAUGCAUGGAUYCUGAUCGUGCUUUCGCUCAUUUUAGUGCGCAAUGGCUGCGCGGGAAUGAUUUGGUAGAUAUGUUUUGACAUCUUAAGUAUUACUAUGGCAGUUUCUGUACAAAAACUGCUGAUUUCAGUGUCUGAUGAACAUAGCGAUUUAUAGACGAGAUUUCAGUGGUAAGAUUAUCGCGAGAAUGACAGUGCCUUGCGUAGGGGGAUUGAUUAGCGACAAGUAGUAAAUUGCGGUUAUGGCUUAUGGUCAAUUGGCUUUAUUAUCUUUGAAUUUGAUUAUAGUUCCCACGCUAUAACGAAAUAUUUUGUUGUGCGGUUUCGACGUGAGCACUGGAAUUGUUGCACUACAGAUACUGUAAAGAUUUUGCARGAAGAAAAUGAUCAGAUCAUUUUGUAUGAAUAAAUAGUGUACAUUAAUGACAUUGGAACAUAAAUGUUUAUAUGUAAAUAAACAUUGCAUGGAUUUAUUGAAUCAAAGGCACAAUCCUCCACAGAAUUGCAUGAAGUCAUAAAGUGUGAUGCACAAAUGC